GUUUCAGGUUUCUGGCUCUUCUUUUAUAUUCCCAAUCCCCGUUUUGCCUUUACUUCUCCCACUUCCCACCUCCAGUAUCAUCAUUAUCACCAUCUUCUUCUUUUUCUUGGUGGCUUGUAUAAACAUAUAAAACCACAAAUCAAGAGAAACUAAAGAUAUGUUGGGAAAGAGGCCUCGUCCUCCAAUGAAGAGAACAACAAGCCUAAGUGAAAUCACCUUUGAUAUAGGUGAACCAGCGCCUGUUUCAGAUAAUCAUCACAACAACCCCUUCAAUGUUACAACUCCGCAGAAGCAGCAGGGUUUAGAUCAACGUCUCUUGUCCAUGGUCUCGCCUAGAAGUAAUAAUAAUAGGAGACAUUCAUAUGAUGUUACUAACUCUGAUCACUUCUUGAGAGCUUGUUGUCUCUGUAAACGUAGAUUGGUGCCCGGCCGUGACAUAUACAUGUACAGGGGAGAUAGCGCUUUUUGUAGCCUGGAAUGCAGGCAACACCAGAUGAAUCAAGAUGAGAGGAAAGAAAAGUGCUCCUUUGCAUCAGCAAAGAAACAAGCUGCAACUCCCAACAGCGGAUCCCAAGUUUCCGCCAAGAGUGGGACCGUGGCGGCUGUGUAAAACGAUGGAUCAUCCACCAGAAAAAGAAAAGAAAAAAAAAAAAAAGAUUUUUAGCCGCUUAUGUAAAUCUAGGACCAGCAAAACUUGGGGCUGCUAUAAAUUAGAAAAAACCUAAUCUCUAUGCAAAUGGGUUAUUAGUUUUGAAUGAAGUUGCUCUUUUAUGUGAAUCUGAGAAGCGCCUGCAAAUAUAAAUCAGUCUGUAAACCUGUUCUUGUUUCCUACUUUUUGGAUCUGUUUCUAGCUAGUUUCAGAUGAAUUAAAAUUACAGAUUCACAA